AAUAGAGUUUGUUGUGGAGCUUUCAAUCUUUUAUAUUUUAAAUAAAUACACAAAUACUUAGCUGAUUCGAAUAUUUUCUUCCAUAGAAAAGCUCAUUAUAAGUCACAUAAAUUCUCUUAUAUUGGAAGAUUCGCUCGGUUGAUAUCAGAAUGUAUUUAAAGGUAUUUUAUUUAUUGCACAUUUACAAGUUUUUAGCCUUAUUGAAAUCUUUUGUUUUGCAUCCACGAUUUGUGAAUAACUGAUUUUUUUGAAUAAACCAACAAAAUUUCAAAGUUUUGAAAAAUUCAUUAAAUGUUCGUUUAAUAUAUGAAUUAUUGACAGUAUUCUUUUUUGUUUAUUCAAAAAAACACUGUCGAUGAUUGGAAAACUCGAAAGGUACCCUCGCAACAUGUUGCACAGAGUACAAUAGAGUUGUCAACAUAAUGGCAGCUUGUGACACUUAAAACUGAGCUAAAUAUAUCAAGAUGAUCGGGAUAACGAGACGAAUUGAACUACGAUGUCUGUCUUGUCCACCCGUCCAUUCAUACUAGCGAUAACUCGAAUAAAAAUUGAGAAAUCCCUAUUUAGUACACGUGUUUCUUAGCACUUUGAGGAAUCGGUACAAAAAUGCGCGCCCACUUUUGAGUAAAAUUCCAAAUCUAAGCAACACUUAACAAACUUCAAUCGGUACAUAACAAUCUCUUGACAUCUCUAUAUUGAAAUUGGAUUAAAAAUUGGCACAUUUAGUCCCUUCGAGAUGUGGCACCUUUUGUAUAUGAGGACUUCAGUGCCUAUUUAAGACUUUUUACCGAAAAUAUCUGUGAAACUGACAUCUUCUUCUGAUAAUAAUGUCCAUCCCAAUAUGAUAUAACAUGUGUUCAUUGGCACCUUGAGAUGGUUGGUAUGGAAGAUGGGCGGAAUUAGGUGUUUACCGCGCCCACAAAAUGUCGUAAAACGAAAAGUUAUAAAGUUCCAUUACUAAGCCACUAAUUAAGAUACAAAACUGUAAUUUGGAACAGGGCAUCGAAGUCUGAAGCAGCAUCAGUUGGUUUGAAAAUAUUUAUGUACUUAUGAAUGUACAUAUAUCAAACAAGCUUGCUGAAAGCAAAUAGUUUUAGCUACUUUUCAUACAUCGUGAAAAUAAGCAUAUCCAUAAUAUUUAAUAAUAUAAAGGUUAUAUUAAAAACUGCCAAAUGUUCGAUUACUCUCCAAAUUAAUAUGUCAGAAGCUCUAUAUUUCAUAAGAGAGAGGGAGCUGACUACUAAGAUAUUUUUUGCGUGCUGAAUUUUUUUAAUAUAUCUAUAUAUUUAUUAUAUGUAGGCUUGAGAAGUUUCAACCAUUUUUUGACGAGAGGUGCUGUGGUGGGGUUCUUAAACGGACUAACUUCUGAGGACAUGCAGACUAGUCUUCCGAUGGUUUAGAACCGCACCUCGCGGUGCCUGUUCUGUAAGGAAUUCUCACAUGGCUGUAGACUUAUCAUUCCGAACAAGUUCAUUUCGGAUAAACUGGGUGCUCUCCUGAUUCAAGAAUCGUGGUCAUUUACUGACGGAGUAAUUCACAGUUUGUGCUGUAGUUAGAAAACCUGAACGGUACUUAGAAAGGACAUGGACUUUUUAUUUCUAUCAUAAUUUUUAACGAGAGAUCUGGCGUCGGCCAAUUUCGCUGGAGAAUCGUUCGAGAUGCCACCGAAAGAAGUUAAAAAUCUGGUUGACUACUGUAGUAUGGAAAAUCAAUCCAUAAGUAUAAUGGGAGAGCAAUAAAGGCAAAAUAUAAGGUGAGGUGUCACUAGAAUUUUUCAUGAAUAGCAACCUAGGAAUUAGCAAUGCAAGGUGUCAGCGAACUUUUAUGACUAUUAUAAGAAUGAUUAUAUCUCUCAACGAGGGUUCCGUAGAAAAACUCCACUAUCGGAUCACACAUCAAUUAGCUUUGAGACGGGUGUGGUAUUAAGGCCUGUCCGUCAGAACGUAAUCCAAGAAAUACAGUUUGUGCUAAGUAAAGGAACAUUCUUAACCUAAAUUCCAUAAUAUUAACGCAGUACAGUUGUAAAAACAACUGAUGGGGGAACUCUCGACACUACGGAAAUCAAUACGCUAGGGCUUUUAGAGACAAAACUAUCAAUCAGGCAGCCUGGUAGCACUUUUAUAGCUAGGCUGGAGGGCAGGACAAACACCUUUUAAAAAUAUACUUUCCUAGUGCGGUCUAAACAGAUCAAAAUCACGGUGUGAUGGGCAAUUAGCACUUUUAGGAGCAGACGGUAUUUUUCCAGCUUUACUCCAGGAGAGAGAAAAGCACAUCCUGACUAGUAAAACUAGUGAGAGACCGUCAUUCCAAAUAUGUUGGGAACAGAAAUAGAUAUCUUCAUACCUAAACAAGGUUGGAGGGACUACUCUCUAGAGGAAUCACAGGCCGAUAAGCCUUACUUCUCUCUUACUAAAAAGAAUGAGAAGCUUGUCAACAACAACAUCAGGAUAACUGCCCUAAAACAAAAACCACUGUAUUCAAACCAAAAUGGUCACAGAGCUGAUAACAAACACUGCUUUGUACAGUUUUGUUACGAAAAUCGAGGAUAUUUUUAUAAGCGGUUAUCCGAGUACUGGGAAGGAGGCACGUUAAGGUACCCAUUACAAGAUGGGUGGAUGAAAUUCUUAGAAUGAAAACUAAUAUACCAUAGAAUCAUGCAGCAUCCAACAAGGAAAACAAACAUGCUAAUGUCAAACGGCAUCCGCUUCUUAGGCUAGAUGACAUUUUAAUAGCAAGAAAGAACAUGAAAGCAGCCUUAAUAUUCUUCAUAAUUGUUGCCGUUCAGUAUGGAUCAGCGCAAAAGCAGUACACAAAUAAAUUUGAUAAUGUCGAUGUGGAUGGCGUUUUGUCAAAUAAUCGUAUUCUAACUAACUAUAUUAAAUGUCUUAUGGAUAAAGGUCCUUGCACUCAGGAAGGUCGUGAGUUAAAAAAAUUAUUACCUGAUGCCCUACAGACGGAUUGCUCAAAAUGUACAGAUACCCAGAGGAAAAAUUCACAAAAAGUAAUAAAUUUCCUUCGUGUGAACCGUCCAGGAGAGUGGAAACUGCUACUAGACAAAUACGACUCUAAAGGAAUUUACAGAUCUAAGUAUGAGAAACAAGGUUAAACUUAGUCACAGAGAACGGUUAAACGUUGAAAUAAAACUACAUGUAUUAUAUAUGUAUAUGAGUUAGUCAGAAAAUAAAUAUGUAUGCAAUACACAGUACAAUCCGUACAUAUA